AUGGAAAAUGGAGGUGCAGAGGGGGCAAGUGCCAAGCAGCUGGUAGGCUUUGGGUUCUUUGAUUUCCUCGAACCGCCGUACCAAUGCGCGCAUGGCAUCUUGCCAGAGAUCGUGGAGGGCAAGCGGGACCGGACUCAGUUUGAGGGCGCAGAGAAGGAGCUGAGGAGAGUUGGAGGGGAAGAGGAGGUCGUGGCAUGUUACAAGCAGGCGGCGGAGCGGGAGGCCAAGGUCAUCGAAAAGGUGACCAAUGGGCGGAUGAAGGUCGCGGGCGACCGCAUUGUGGUGAACCAGGCAACACGUCGAUCACGGUCACGGUCACGGAGCCGCUCCGGGAGUCGUGCCAAGAAAUGA